ACAUGGAGACAGAUACGUAGCUCGUCUUGUCCGGAAUGGGAGAAGAGAACAUCUCCGCUCAGGCUGUGGGAAAAAGAAACCUUCUGCUGUGCGCUUAGGCAAAGAUCACAGCUCAUCUAAGAGAAAGCAGAAUGCUUUCUUAGGAACUGUUACCAGCACCGCAGCUUCGGAGCGCUGAAUUCCUAUGCCUGUGGAAAGUGAUUUGUUUGCCUACAUUACAUAACUUCCAACAACUUUGUGGUUGGAAUGAUAAGGACAUUUUGACGCUUAUUUAAAUACAGGUUAUGCGUGCGCAUGCUGUGUACAAAACUUACUGUGUGAAGAGACAAAAAUUGUCAUCACUGAAGAUCCAGAGUAUUUAUUUUAAUGCGCUUUCGGAAAGGUAAGAAGCUUUUAUUUCCGAUCCGAGGAGGACCAACCCUGCUUGGAAUCAAGACGUUUUACUAGUUCUGUGUAUUCGGGAGAAGGUCUUCAAAAAUGCCUCGGCCGGGGAGAAACACUUACAGCGACCAGAAACCACCUUAUUCUUACAUCUCCCUCACUGCCAUGGCUAUCCAGAGCUGUCCGGAAAAGAUGCUUCCCCUCAGCGAGAUAUACAAGUUCAUCAUGGACAGGUUUCCCUAUUACAGGGAGAACACUCAGCGGUGGCAGAAUUCUCUCCGGCACAACCUCUCUUUCAACGACUGUUUCAUCAAAAUCCCGCGUCGACCGGACCAGCCAGGGAAGGGGAGUUUUUGGGCGCUCCAUCCCAGCUGCGGGGACAUGUUCGAGAACGGCAGUUUCUUACGGCGCCGUAAACGCUUCAAAGUGAUGAUGACAUCAGAUCACCACUUGGCGUCUAGCAAACCGCCGGACGCCGCGCAUUACCUCCAGCAGCAAGCGAAGCUCAGGCUAAGCGCCUUGGCGGCCACGGGCACUCACCUUCCGCCGAUGUCCAGCUACAACUUAGGAGUGUCGCAGCCGUCAACUUUCAAACACCCUUUUGCCAUCGAGAACAUCAUUGCUAGAGAAUAUAAGAUGCCCGGAGGUCUGGCUUUCUCCACCAUGCAGUCCAUGUCCGCUGGCUACCCUUUGCACAACCAGCUUACCACAGCGUGGCCCCACAUGUAUAGCACCAGCGUGGUAGACACAGCAGCGCCCAUUUCGAUGGUUGGCAAUGAUUAUAGCGCCUACGGCGUGCCCAUCAAAUCUUUUGGCCACGGUGGGCAGACUUUACCGGCCAUUCCAGUCCCGAUAAAACCCACUCCGGCCUCGGUGCCAGGUCUGUCUGGACUGCCUUCGCACAUUCCGGCGUUCUUGUCGAGUUCGCCUCCGUCUCUAAGCCCUACUUCUCCUCAGACAGCUACCAGCCAAAGCAGCCCUGCUACCCCGAGCGAGACUAUGACAAACCCUGCCUCCGCGCUACAGUCUGUGGCAGUGCACUGACGGGGACAACUUUUCGGGACUUGACUAGACUUUCAGGUUAUUCCCUCUUCCAAAGCUGUAUUUUUUAUUCUCGCCCAUGACAACUAAAAUCGAACAAUAACUUCGUCAAGGAAAGAGAUUUGUUUGCAGUAAUGUUUAUUUAUGCGUACAUAUUUAAAACGUUGAUGUACUACAGUGAACUUUAAUAGUACCUGUCAUGUACAGUUGCUAUUAAGUAAAUACCAUUGUGACAUUCUAUCAAGGUACAAGGCGCAAACAUUGUGGUCCUUCUAUUUGGCAGACGUAUUACGAAUUAUUUUUAGGGUAUGUUUUAAAUGUAGCAAGAAUUCUAUUCUGUCUCAUUAAUCUACCAUGUACAAGUAAAAAAAUAUUGUACUGUAGUUGGAAUGGUCGGAGACUGAUUUAAUUACAAGCCGCAAGAAGUCAUCUCAAUAGAAAGUCAUGUACAACCCUCUGAGAGGAUGUAUUCCCGUUUGUCAUUGUCGUUGAGAAUUAUUUCAAAUGAACAAUUUAAAUGUGAAUGAGAUGUGUUUAUUCAUUAGGCUAAUGACGACCUACAAAUGUAUUCCCUUGCUGUGGCAUUAAUCUAACAUGCGCAUCAGUCAUACUAAGGGGAAAAGACGCGCGUGCAUGAACAACAAUU